AUGUCAGAUACAAAUCUUCAAAAAAGCCAGGAGAUUGAUAAAAGCGCAAACAAUAGUGGUGAUAGUUUUGAGUUAAGCAACUUGCAACCACCACUAUCACUAUCUGGUAUUGUAAAUUCACCUCCACCUAAAUCUUCUACAUCUAGUACUAAAAACUCACAUUCGUCUUUAUCUUCCUCUUCACCCUCUUCACAUUCGGCUUCACUACAACCUUUACUACAGUCUUCACAAUCACCUCUACCACCCCCUUCAUCUGCACAUUCACAAUCACAACCUUCGAAUUUGUCAUGGAAAGAAUUUUUCAUGCACCGUGCAAAUAUGUUAAUGUCAAGCGACGAAGCCGCCCUUAUAAGAUAUGAAAUUUAUAUGUUUAUCUUUUUUAUUGAAAUCGUUUUAUGGUGUUCUAACUUGAAGGGUCAUCAUCUACCAUCUAAUAUUUCCCUCAUAUCAUUGGGAUAUCAAACCAUUUUGUUGCUCAAAUACACUAUAAUAUUAUGUGGAAGAACUAACAACCUAGAUGCUGUGAGUUUUACUUUCAAGUGGUUACAUUAUUUUGUUGUCAUCGUUGGGUUAGCUUUUGUUUCUGUUUAUUACGAAAUUAAUAUCACAGUUAUAAAAGACUAA